CUUUGUGAUCGAGGAUGUGGAGGAGGUGCUUGCGGGUUUGUAGAUCGACAUCCAUGAAUGGGUUAGGGUUAGGGUUUUGGCGGAGAUGGAUGUCGACCGAACCCAAGAAGAGAUUUGCUGCUCUUUGGGGAAAUGGUGAUUAUGGGAGGUUGGGGUUGGGCAAAUUGGAUUCUCAGUGGAGACCAGCGGUCUGCCCUGGAUUCGAGAAUGAGAGUCUUCGUGCCAUUGCGUGUGGUGGAGCUCAUACCCUUUUCUUAACAGAAUCUGGGUGUGUUUUUGCUACUGGUCUCAAUGACUUUGGACAACUAGGCAUAUCAAUUGAGAAAAGAUAUACACAAGAACCUCUCGAAGUCACUGGAUUUAACAAGGAAAUUGUAUACAUAUCAGCCGGUUAUCAUCAUUCUUCUGCUAUCACAGUGGACGGGGAACUUUACAUGUGGGGAAAUAAUUCCAGUGGGCAGCUUGGCCUUGGGAGAAGAGCAGCAAAGAUAGUUUCUUCACCAAGUAUAAUUGAGUGCUUGGGUGGAAUGCGGAUUAAAAUGAUAGCUUUGGGUUCAGAGCAUUCAAUUGCUGUCACAGAUGAUGGUGAGGCCUUAACCUGGGGAGAAGGUGGAUCUGGAAGACUUGGUCAUGGACAUCAAUCGAGUAUUUUAGGUUUUUUAAGAAGUCCAAGUGAAUAUACACCAAGGCUCAUCAAGGAACUUGAGGGAAUUAAGGUUAAAAAUGUUGCUGCUGGAUUAUUGCAUUCAGCCUGCAUUGAUGAGAAUGGAUCAGUUUUUAUAUUUGGUGAAAGAGCAGCUGAUAAACUGGGCUUUGUGAACAAAAAUAAAACAACAUUGCCUUCCAUCAUCAGCAAAAUUCCAUCAUCUGAAGAAAUUGCAUGUGGUGGAUAUCACACAUGCGUUAUAACAAAUGGUGGUGAACUGUACACAUGGGGUUCAAAUGAGAAUGGUUGCCUUGGUAUCGGUUGCACAGAAGUUAUCCACUCACCAGAAAGAGUUGAAGGUCCAUUCAUGAAACUUCCUGUAUGCAAGGUAUCUUGUGGUUGGAAGCACACAGCUGUGAUUUCUGGUGACAAUAUUUUUACUUGGGGCUGGGGAGGUUCACAUGGAACAUUUUCUGAAGAUGGACAUUCUUCUGGAGGGCAAUUGGGACAUGGAAGUGAUAUUGACCACUUUGAACCUACAAUGGUGAAUUUUGGUGAAAAUGUGAAAGCACUGCAAGUAUCAUGUGGAUUCAAUCAUACAGGUGCUAUACUUGAGUAUACAUAAAUUUGGUCAUAAGUUACAGCAGCACACGCUUGUGUUUCAUUUUUGGCAGGGAGAUGUUUGAUCUAUUGUGACCUGCCUUUCCCAUUCUUCUGUAAGGGUUAAGGAAAGAUGAUUCUCAAUUAUGUCGUAUAUUUAUUUACAAUCAAAGGUAAAUAUACAUGUACAUAGAAAUGGAAAAUGGUUGAUAAUAGAGUAUACACAAUUAUAUCCCAAUUGUGUAUGAUGUGUAAAGUUAAUUCAUUAAGGAUUAUAAUAGAUAGCAAAGCACAAUGACUAACAGGGUUAGUCAUUGAUGAGGUAAUCAACUUCACAGAGUCAUAGAUUCCAUACUGGGAUUGCU